UAACCUCCAAAAACGAAGUAAGAUACACAAUUAAUAAAAACAUUUAAUUUUAUAUAGUGUAUAUGGAUCAACAAACAGCAAAACGGCUUCUAGCCGAAGGUGCAUUUUUCAUUUUACUUGAUGUGCCUGAAGGUACUGAAUUUGGAAUUGACAUGAAGUCUUGGAACACUGGUGAAAAGUUUCGGGGGGUGAAAAUGAUACCGCCUGGACUGCAUUACAUAUUUUUUAGUGCGGUGUCAGAUACAGGUGAUACGGCCCCAAGAACAGGAUUCUUUAAGACGUUUAGAAAAUCUGAAGUUUUAGUUAAAAAGUGGGAUAAGAAAAAUGAGUGUAUCAGUAGCGAAGAUGUAUCAGAAAAUGAGGUAGUACAACUGAAAGAAAAUAUACUACUACUUGAUAACUUUUUAGGCCCAUAUCCUUAUAGUAUUUUGGAUAAAUGGACUAGUUUGACUUCCUGUAUCACCAGUACUUUAGCUGAAAGGAUAACUCCUCUAUCUGGCUAUGUACAGUCUGCCUUAGAAUUACAAUCAUGUACAGAUGCAGAUAGACCUAGGGGUAAGAGGAAGUCUGAGGAUGGUGAAACAUCUGCAGGUCAUUCAUCAUCUAAAAGUCCUAGGCUUACAGAAGAUACAGAACACAACUUCUUACCAAAUUUAAAAGUAAAAGAAGGGACUGAAUUAAGAUUAACUUCAUUUCCAGAAAGAAAUUAUCCCGAGAAUUCUACACCAUCUGAAAUUACCAAACAUUCUUUAGAUUCAUCAUAUGUUUUAGAUCAAAUGAUUUCCAAAUAUUCUGUGUCAACAGAAAUAUUAGGAGAAAUGCAAAUAUGCUAUAUUUGCUUCCUGGUUGGACACAGUUUAGAAGCUUUUGAACAGUGGAAGAAAUUGUUUAAUUUAUUUUGUUCUUGUGAAAUUGGCAUUAAAAAGCAUAGAAAACUGUAUGACUUAUUCAUAACUAUGUCUGAUAUUCAUAUAAAAGAGAUUCCUGAGGAGUUUUUAGCGGAUAUAGUGUCUAAUAGUAAUUUUGUUUAUGUUAAGCUAAAACAAUUGUUUAGAUCUGUCAAAGAAUCAGAUGUUGAUGCCCCCUUCAAAGCCAAAGUGGGAAGGUUUAUACAAAAUUUAACUGAUUUGUACCAGUGGGAUUUUGAUAACUUGGACUCUGAAGAGGAUGAGGCACCAGUUAUUGUUGACACUUGA